AUGGCGGCUGGAAGGUGCUGUCUGCUAGUGGUGCUGCUGUGCGCGGCGGCGGCCGGUAGGGCGCAGGGCGCGAGCACCAUCCUGGCGGGCUUCAAGGUCGCCAAGGCGGUGUACCGCGGCUGCCAGGCGCACCGCGACCUCCUGCUGUGCCUCAAGACGGCGGUGCUGCGCGCGCUGGACCGCGCCGCCGCCGCGGACCGCAUCCCGGUGCUGGAAGGGCUGAGCCUGGUGCGAGCCGCCGCCCCCGGGGGCAGGGACUACCCGGCCCCGGCGGCGGCGGGGGAGGACCUGGGGCACGCGGAGGUCAACCGGCGGCUGGUGGACGGCGUGGCGCGCCUCGUCAGGGACUACUCGGCGCGGCUGGACGUGGCACGCGUGCUGUCCGUCGGCGGCUUGGACGACGACGAGUACCUCAAGAUGGUGCCCGUGGAGCCGGAGGACGGCGGUCAGCAGGGCGAAGAGCGCAUGAAGAAGAAGAAGAAGGACAAGGGCAUGCUGAUGCUGGGCAUGAUGAUGAAGGGCAUGAUGAUGGCCGUCGCCUACAAGUCGGUGAUGCUGCUGGCGGGCAAGGCCUUGCUCGUGGGCAAGAUAGCCCUGGUGCUAGUGCUCAUAAUGGGCGCCAAGAAGCUGUUCGGCGGCGGCGGGGGCGGAGGAGGCGGCGGAGGGGGAGGCGGCGGGGGCGGACACGUCACCUAUGAGAUCAUCAAGACGGCGCCGCCGUCGCACCACCACGCGAGCGGCGGCGGCGGCGACUACGGCGGCGGCGACAGCGGCGGGUACGCGCGCGACGACGCCGGGUACUACCGGCGCAGCGCGCGGUCGGCGGACGAGCUGGCGUACCGGGCCCACUCGCCCAUGCAGCGAACAUAG